CAUCUGAUCAGAGUUGUACCACAUGUGAUAGUGACAUGAGGAAUAGUGUGACACUGUAAAUAAUGUUUGACUUGGAGAAAGUGCUUGUUUUUGUAGCACACGUAUCACACUCACUACUUUAUUUCCUAGACGCUGUCAUUUAGGAAUUAUGUUAUAAAACUGCUUAUAUUUGACGUUCCGUCUAUUAAUAAAAACCGGUAAUGGAUCAUAACAGCAUUUCGUAAAGCAAUAGAGAGUGGGCACCAGGUAUUGUAUCAAACGUAAUCCAACCGAGUCAGGCGCAGAUGGCAGCAUAAAACUGUAAUUUGCUUAGUAAACUUCUUAUAACUUCUACAUACGUCAUGUGUCUUACCCGAAUCAGACAGACACCCUAGUUCUGUGUGUAGAUAUUUUAGUAACCUUCAUACAGCGGUUUUAUAGCUGGAUGUACAGAAAAAUUAGGUAUGGCUGUCGCUCUACGUAGAGGUACUAUUGUCAGCGAAUUAUUCAGGAUAAAGGCAAGAAGACCUAUAGUUUAUUUAUAUAAAGCUUUAUCAAACACUCAGCCAGCGAUCAGUGUAGUAACAGAGAAGCAUGAAAGUCUGUUGACACGUAAAUUAACAGACCUAGUGAAGUGGUAUGAAGAAGUAACUGGAAUGGAUGAAGUCAGGCGAGCGCAAACUAGGGUACUUGAAGCUGAAGAAAAGUUUAUAGCCGCACAGGAAAGGAGGAGAGAAGCAAACAAAGCUGUAACAGAAAUUCAAACCCAACUGAAGGAUAUACAUGCUGCCUUGGAUAGUACCACAAGAGGAGAGGAUCGUUAUGUUCAGCUAAUCACACAAGAACAUCAAAUACUGAAGGAAGAAAGGAAACUAAUGACUGAAUUUCAACAGUUAGAGAGGGAAGAGAGAGAAUACUUUUCCAUGCUUUCUUCAGCGGUUAAGGAAAGUCAUGAACAAGAGCGAGCACAAGCUGAAAAAACAAAAUACUGGUCAAUAAUUGGUUCCAUUAUUGGAACAGUAAUUGGAGUUGUUGGGAGCUCAGUUAAUAAUAGAUUAAAAAUGAAGGAAUUGCGGACAUUGAUAACAGAUUCUGUUGCAAAUAAUAAUAGUGUAGGGCUUCGUGCAGAAAUCUUGCCAAAGUAUGAGGAGGAGCUGUCUAGUGUUAUUGAUAAACUGAAAACUGUGGCAUCACUUUCAGAUGUUGAAGGGAUCCAGCAGUUGAAAGAUAUGGUUAACAAACUGAAUGAUGUAACACGAGCUGAACGCCAUAAAUAUGUUGGUAAGACAGAUGUUAUUACAGAUGCUUUGAACAAACAGACAGUAAUUAUAGAAAAAAAAUUGCAGGAGAUAAAAUCCACAAUACCUGUGUCUCACAUACCGACUUCGGAAUUUGCAAAUGACAAAAUCACUGUUGUCACCAUUGAAAAUGAACAGCAACUACAAAGACAGCAGCGUACAACACAAUUACUAAUUGUUGGAUCAGCUAUCCUUGUUAUAACUGUACCUCACUUGCUUAAAUAUGUAGGACUUGUGUAAUGUUAUCUGUGCCAGUUAAAAAGAAGGUAAUAAUGGCAGCCACUGUGUGUGAAAAAUUGUUUAUUUUAUAAUUCUAAAUUGUUACUGCAGUGUUCAAUGUUACUACUUUACAUACUGAAGUUAUGCUUUGUAAAUGUGUUGUAUUUUCUGCCAGCAAUUAGUAACAUGUUUUGUGUAUAGCCAAUAUAUUUACAUUUUUUUCACAGUGCAGUGAAAAAGGAGAAUGUGUGUUCUAAAAACACUUUUAAAACAGGUGUAUUGGUAUACGGCAGAAUACUUCCUCUUUUGUGCACUACUACAACUUUAAUUUUCUUAUUGUGUAUGUUACACAAUUUUUAUACAAUUCUGUUAUAUCAUAAAAUGGCUCAAGUCAUUGCAAAGUGUGAGUGCACUCAGUGACGUAUUUCUUGAUCAUGUAACCAGUCGGUGACACAUAGUAAUUGUAACAGCCCUUGAAUUAUUACCAAUGGACAGGAAUAAUUAUACUAACAAUUUUAAUUUUUGGUAAUGUGAUUAGCAAGCUAUUGUGUAUAUAUGGGGGGGAGGGGGGUGGCAUUGAGUUUUGAAAGUGUGUAUGAGGUCAGAGGGCCAAGGAAAUUGCUAUAAAGUGCUGCUGUAUUAGGAGAUGCAUCUGCCAUCUCAUGAAUAACUUGCCCCCUUAACAUAGUCUGAUAAUUUAUUAUAUGAACUGCAUUUUAAUAAUUUAGCAAGAGUGGCACUAUAUUGUAAAUUACUUAUAUUUUAUAUGUACAGUGUAGAUGCCUGAGUAGCUCGGGGAAUACAAUGAUAACUGCCAAAUGGAACUUGUGAGAUAAAGCAAAAAUAAACUUGCACAAGAGUGAUAAAUAAGAACAAUAUUUUUAUAUAUAUACUCCAUACAUUUUAUAUAUUAAUCCCUAUUUGUCUUUCACACCCAUUGAAGUUAACAGAGGCAGUGUAACAAGUCCAGUAUGGAAGAUAAUAUGAGGCAUUUUGCAGGUAUAGCUUUACAUUGUUGAAUAUAAAAGCCUGUCUGUAGAAAAUAUCUAAGUAGUGAGAGCAAAUACAUUGAUACAAAACAAGAUAGAUAGUACUACAUAAAUGGGACCACUCAUCUGCUUGCUUCAAAAUAAGGAAAUUUUUACAAAGAUUUUUUUAUGAUUUAUAGGAGAAAGAAAGUGCAGCAGUCACAAAAUGUACAGAAUUCUUCCUUGCAAAUGGGUAUUUGUCUAUUGAGCAGUAUUACACAUUAGAAAUGUAACUCGAUGUUUAUUGCAUUCCAUUUACUUAUUCUGAGGGAACUCUCAUUGUUUUCACUCAUGUAAUCCAUCAUGACAAUUGCAGUGUCUGUUCUGUGCCCAAAUUGUACAUCUGUUCAGUAAUAUAAUGAACCAGUACUGUUCACCAUUGUUGAAACUUUCAUAGCACUAUACUUAGAAGGGCUUAAAUGUGUGACAGAACGAGACUGGCAAUAACAUAGGCAUAUUCAGGUUUCACAAAAGAUAUAUGUUCAUGCAUUUACAUCCUCAGAAAGUGUAGCUCAAAUAUCAACUUAUGUAUGACAGCAGCAUUUAAGACUUUGCAAAUAUUAAGACAUUCAUUACUUAGAUCACUAAUAGCGUCAUUGUCAUUUGGAACAAUACAGAGUUUUUGCAGAUACUCAAAAAUCAAAAGAUGAUCUGUAUGUUAAAUGUCAUUGGUGUGGUCUUGUUUUGUACGGCAGAGUUUCAUGCUGCUCUGUGGAGAAUGAGGUUUUACUGGUGUCUCACUUGAUCAAGUAGUAUUGCUGACAAUUGUUAAUGGCACUUACCAUUAUGUUCCCUAAACUUUUGUUUUUAAUUUGAACAUAUUUUUCAAGAUGGGCAAAUUAUGUGUAAAACAGCAUACUGCACUGUCUUACUAUAGUGGGUUUUAUUUGUAAAAUAAUAUGGUUUAUAAGUUUUGUUUAAACAUGAUAUGAACAGUAUUCAGGUGUGCUCAGU